AUGAAGUUGGCAACGGCCAUUUCUUUCAUUGCCAUUGCUGCCACGAGCGUCAAUGGCAUUCGAACCAGACCUAUUCGCGCUGCCCCCGUCGAACUCGAGGAUGCAACGAUGGAUUCGGCAACGCUAGAGGCCCUUCGUGUCUCCAAUAAGAUAAUCGCAGAUGCUCAUGUGUCCCUGGCCAGUUUCGAGCAAGCAUUUCUGGAGGUGGCCGAACCCAUGUACCACAGGGUUCUGAAAAAGGACCUCCUCAAACAGAGGUUCACGAGCGCCCGUGAAAAGGGCAAGGCGGCUGUGCGGGCGGCUUCGCGGUUGCGGCUGGCCAAUACCCAUGUCGAGGACGCCGAGGAUUUUGCGGAUACCCUCAAGGGCUUCGAGAAAGCAGGCGACUCAGUUCUAUCGGCUCUCACCCAUGCAAAAUCGGCCAUCGUGACGAGCGGUGCUUGCGACCAGACCAUGACUUCGCUGAGCGCCCUUGAGUCGACAAUCCGCGGCAUCGCAGCCAUUCUUUCUGAUUUUUCACCCGAACCGCUCCAGAGAACCGUCCUCGACUCCCCCACGCCCCUUUUGAAAGUUCUCGGUCAAGGCUAUGGGCGUAUUGAGAAGGCGUGCGAAGGAUCAGAAGCAAUCCAAGAGAGCUGA